AUGAAUAAUAGUGAAAUUAAAAAGAUUACUAGAAAAUCAUUAGAAGCUUUAAAGCUUGAUGAUGAAACUGCAGUAAUUCCACAUGGAAAAGAUUUUUACAAAUUCAUGUUUGGAAAUUAUCCACAACUUCGAGUAUAUUUUAAAGGAGCUGAAAAUUAUACACCAGAUCAGGUAGAGUCUUCUGAACGUUUUGCCAAACAAGGUGUUCGUAUAUUAUUAGCUAUGCAUUUACUUGCAACUUCAUAUGAUGAUCAACCUACUUUUCUUGCAUAUACACGUGAAACUGUUAAUAGACAUCGUAUAUAUAAAAUGCCUGAAGAUCUCUGGGAUGCAUUUUUUCCUCUUUGGCUUGAAUUUUUACAAACAAAGGGUGUCGUAACUCCAGAAGUUAAAAAUGCAUGGACUGAACUUGGCAAGACUUUUACUAAAGAAGUUCAUAGACAUAUAAAAUCAUUUUAA